ACCAUGAUGGUCAUACAAAUCAACGCUUUCGUCUCUUUAUACAGCCUUGGUUGCUCUGUUUCCGACCUGCCAUUGACAUGGGAACCGUCCUCGAGACAAAACCCACCACCACUUUGGCGGCCUAUCUUGACCUUGAAGAUGACGAAACAAGAAUUUCUAGAAUCGACCCGUCCUGCCCCAGUUGUCGAUGCUCCAGAAAUUCCGGCCGAGACUGCUCCGCCAUUUCUCGCCCACCAAAGCGAAAUCUUUCUCGGAUGGCCAGAGCCAUCGUGUUUGGUACCAUUCUGAUCAAAAAAGUUCGUGAGAGAAGAAGCAACCACCAACAGAAAUCUGACCGCCGGAAACGAAGUUCAUCCCUGGAUUCUGGAAGUUCUCCGGUAGGCGGAAUUUACCAAAAAAACAGAGACAACCAACUAGUGGGAGUGGAGCCAUCUGGGUCAUCUCAGUCUUUUCCAAUUUCAAUAUCUAAACCCAGAAUUUCGGAAAAGAAAGCCAAUGGGAGUGCAACCAUCGGUGUGAGGCAGGGGAGUUGCUAUGCAUUUAAUUCCGGCGUUGGUUUGCUAUUAGUGAGUUCAGGAGGGACAGUGAUGCAGGGGAGAGUGAUUGGCAUUUUAAUCACAUCAAUUUGGGUAUACUUUUUUGCUUGGAUGCACAUGGAGGAUCGCUGGCUGAGGAAGAAACCUACAGAAUUUGCAGAAACAGAGGUGAGGGGCACUCUGAGGAGUGGCUGUCGGAACACAAUCGGACCUCUGUUUCGUGUUUAAUGG